AUGACUCUACAAAAGACUCGCAUCCAUGAUUAUCUGAAAUUUAUGGUGGCUGUUUUCUUGUUGUCUUUGCCUCAUAUCUCCCCUUCUCCUGCUUUAGUCAAAACAGAGCUCGAUCUUAUUCUUCAUCGUGCUGUCUUUUUUGUCUCUCGUGGAUUCCGAGUAGGGAAAUUAGUCUUGCAAGAACUUAUAUUUUGUAGGGGGUUUUCUAUUUAUAUUUAAGGUACGCUUAAUAGUGUAUAGUUUAUUACCUUCAUUUUUCACUUAUUUUUCUCAGGUCUCGGGAA